AGUCUGUGCGCAGGGCGAUCAGAGAGGCCCCUGUCUCACCAUCCCGGAACUGUGCGAGCUCUGUCCACUGACUCUCCUCUCAUUCUCGCAGAGAACCGUUGGACGGACUCUCAUGUGACUCGAAGACGAGGAAGCGAGGAAAAUGAUAAAAUAAAGAAGAAGAAAAAAGGACAUAUACAGCGCUAGUUGAUAAAAGUGAGAUGGAGUGUGCUGGAGUUCCAGUGAAAAAGGCUGUGAGGUAUGUCUAAUAAUGGAAUUUCGUCUGGCGGAUUGGAGAACUGAGUGUGAAAGGAAGGAAGGUAGGAGGCGAUGCGUUCAAGUUUGGCUGACUGAGGAGUUCAGUGACAUGCUGAGAUCGUUAGUAUCUAUGAAGAUUUUUCUUCGUUCGCAUUCGAAGGUGGCCUGAACAUUAGCGGUGGUAGACGAGCGGGGAGGCGACGUUGGAAUAGCACUUGCUGGAACCGACGAUUGUGUACAUUAUUGUAAGAAGUCAGUUUCGUGAGGUCCGGCAGUGGAUUGUUGGUGUUGCUGGUUGAGUCAUUGGUGAUGACGUUUCGGAGGAAUUGAACUGAUAAUUCUGCAUUUGAUGUUUGCGAUCUUGGUGGCGACGAUCUCAGCUUUAUUCCCGUUCCUGCAAUCGUCAACAUAUAUAAUACCGAAAUAUAGUCGUACUUAGUCAUAAGUACUAGUCGGCGAAUAAAUAUUUCAUCUGAGUAAGGCACUAUGACUCUGCAAGAGGAUCUGGCUGUGGCACUGGUUGUGGUAGCCUUACUAUUCGGGGAGGUCGCCGCUCUUGGAGGGCUCUCAAGUGUCUGCACAACAGAUACGGACUGUGGACCAGGUCUAUCUUGCUUUGCAUGCAAGACAGCAGCACCUGUUUGCAUUGUGAACCAGGCUCUUUCCGUGUCCUCCUUUCCAAAGACAUAUUCUCUGCCUUACAACAAGUAUGCAUGGAUUACAACGCACAACGCUUACGCAAUUGAAGGUGAACAAUCGAUUCUGGGAACAACAAUUAUCUCUCCAAAGAACCAAGAGGACUCAGUUACCAGUCAGUUGAAUAGGAAUGUAAGAGGCCUCAUGCUUGAUGUUUACGAAUUUAGAGGGGAUUUAUGGCUUUGUCAUUCAAUCGGCCAAUGCUUUGACGCCACUGCUUUUCGGCCACUCAAUAGCACUCUACUGGAAGUUGCGUCGUUCCUAGACACUAAUCCGAAUGAAGUUGUUACGAUCUUCAUCGAGGACUACGUUACCACCCCCAAUGUCCUAAAAAACCAUUUCUUAUCUACAGGGUUGAUGAAGUACAUGUUCCCACUGUCAUUGAUGCCGAGGGACGGCAGUGAUUGGCCCACUAUCGCUUCUAUGAUUGCUAGCAAUCAACGCUUGAUUGUGUUCACCUCAGAUAAAACUAAGGAGGGCACCGAGGGUAUCGCAUACCAAUGGAACUUUGUCGUCGAAAAUCAAUACGGAACAUUGACAGAAACAUGCUCAAAUCGGGCGGAGUCUGCUGCGUUGACGGAUACCACCAAGUCUCUAAUUUUAGAAAAUUAUUUCCCCAACGAUCCCAACAUCGAUGAUGCUUGUGUAAUCAACUCCGCAAGUCUUGCUGAAGCAAUUUCUGUUUGUCACACCGCUGCUGGAAACCGGUGGUCAAAUUUUCUAGCGGUGGACUUCUAUAAGAGAAGCACGGCUGGAGGCGUGUUUUCUGCUAUAAACAAAUUGAAUGGACAGCAUCAUUGUGGUUGUAAUGAUAUCCAUCAGUGUCAGGCUAGCUCUACCCAAGGAGGUUGUAGUGCAGUGACUGCGCAUGCAGUUCUCACUCCAGCUCAGAUUUCUAGGAAAUCCGAAGGACCAGCCCCUUCUCCUGAAUCUUCUUCAACUUACGUAACGAUGAGCAAAAUCAUCUUCUGUACACACUUCCUGAUUUCAUGUCUUUCACUCUUUUUGCAAUUUUAGAUCAACAGUAACAUUAUUAAGCAAGUGUGUAUGUUUCAAUCCACCGAGUUCCUAGUUCAGUCCUCCAUUAUGGGCUCUCCCAACACUUGCUUAGUAGUGCUCCUCUUUAUAGCCUCCGGGAUGUUUAGAUACAUUUUUUCCUCGGCAGCGUGUACACUGGUCGGACAUUAUGUAGAAAAAUUACCGACCCUUCGAUCUACUUGCAUUCGAGAACGAUCACGGCGAUCGUUAAGUAAUUUUGAUGAUUUAGAGAUGGAAAAAAAUUAGUAAGUAGCUACACGAUCAAAACAUUGUACCCCACGAAGUUCAGAUUAGUGAAUAUACAACAAAUUCAUCCUGCA